AAAAAAAAAAAAUAUCAAAGUGAUAUCUCUGAGGGGUUGAGAAAGAUGGCUGACAAUGUCUGUGACAAGACAAACACUCCCUCAAGAGAGCUUUCUCAUACGUCCGAUGGCUCUUACCCCGACCAAAGUCUCCUGAAACUGCCCGCAAAUUCCUCGUCAUCUUCUCCCAAACCUCGAUCUCUUGACAAACCCUCCCCUGACGAUCGUAUCCAAUCAGCAAAGGAGGUUCAAAGGAAGCCUAGAGGCAGACCUCCUGGCUCCAAGAACAAGCCUAAACGUCCCAGUAUCACCACCGACGAAAGCGAGUCCUACCUGAAGCCAGCCAUCCUAGAGAUCUCCGCUGGUUCUGAUAUCAUCGAGGCCAUCAUCGGCUUCGCGCUCAAGAACGAUACCUGUAUCACUCUCGUCAGUGCGACUGGUUCUGUUUCCAAUGUCACGUUCCGACAGCAAACUCCUGACGUGCCACCUCUCUCCUUACAUGGGACCUUUAACCUGAUUGGACUCUGGGGUUCGUUUCUCGGUUCCUUUGACCCAAAAAACUGCUCUUCUGAUUCUAGCUCUUUGCUUUCUCCUAGCUCUUUUGGGAUAUCUCUUGCAGGGCCAGAAAGGCAGGUGUUCGGAGGCAUUGUAGCCGGAAAGGUGGUAGCUGCGAGUAUUGUGGUGGUCGUAGCCGCCACCUUCCGCAACCCUACAUUUGACAGGCUGCCAACCGAUCAUGAUGAGGCUGUGGAGACUGAGACUGGUGUAUAUAUUCCUGCAACUGAUUUUUUGACUGAUCCUGGGAUGCCCAUGGCUUUUUAUGGCGAGGACAUCGCAGUUCCAAUGGAUUGCCAGAUGUCUCCUGAUAUUUUGCUCUGGGAUUUUCCUCCUCGCCCUUACUUCUAACAAAAAUUUCAAGGAAGGAACUAAGUAUUGUGGGAUGCAAACCCUCUUUUGGUUUGCCUUGUCAUUUAGGUUAAAUUCUGCAAGAAAAGAAGAAUG